AUGUGGUUUAUCUUUUUCAUCCUUGUUUUGGCUUUUGUUAAUGCUCAAGAAGCUGUUAUUGAAACCCCAGAUGAAAACCAGGAUAAUUCAUUAAGAAUAGAAAAAAAUAUUGAUGAUGAUCUCUUUUUUACUGAAACAAAUGUCACUAUAUCAAUUACUGUUUCAAACGACGGUAAGUAUAAUGUAUCCAAUGUAAUUAUUUAUGAUGACAUUCCUCCAUUCUUGAAACUUGUUGAGGGUGAAAGUAAUACUGCUACAUUUGAUUUUAUUCCAGUUGGAGCAUCUGUUAAUCUUACUUAUGUUGUUGUACCAAUUCUUACUGGUACUCAUUACAUUGAUAGUGCCUAUGUUAAUUUCACUUUAAAUAGAGUGAAAAAACAAGAAUUCUCAGACCCAGUUGGUGGUAUUUUCAUUCAACCAUAUAAAGGAUUCGUUUCAGUAUGUAUUGAGUGGGGUGUUAUUAUUAUUAUUGGUUGUGUUCUUUGCCUUCUUUGGGCUUAUUAUAAAUCUAAAAAAGAGGCUUAUAGACAAAAAGUCCUUCGUUCUAAAGGAUUUGGUACUGUUUCAUCAACUACUACUUCUUCAAAACAAUCAAGUUCCCCAAAAGUUGCUGAAAAACAAAAAUCUGAUUAA